AACAAUUUUGUUGCAGCAAACAAAAACAUCGAAUCGGAAACGAAAACGAAUAGUCCCCGUGUCGAAGAGCCACCGCCAAAUCCCGCACCUCCACUCCAGCCAACCGAAGAGGCCAAAAACCACCAAUGUUCCCAGUGCUGCCGCCGUUGCUGCUGCUCCUCCUCCUCCUCUUCUUUGCCAAGGGAACCCACCAAAUCAAUGUCGAUUGCAACGAGCUGCAGAUGAUGGGCCAGUUCAUGUGCCCGGAUCCGGCGAGAGGUCAAAUCGAUCCAAAGACGCAGCAGCUGGCCGGAUGCACCAAGGAGGGCCGCGCCCGCGUCUGGUGCAUUGCCGCCAACGAGAUCAAUUGCACGGAGACGGGCAACGCCACCUUCAGUCGGGAGAUACCCUGCAAGUGGACAAAUGGCUAUCACCUGGACACCACGCUGCUGCUCUCCGUCUUCCUGGGCAUGUUCGGCGUGGAUAGGUUCUACCUGGGCUACCCGGGCAUCGGACUCCUUAAGUUCUGCACCCUCGGCGGCAUGUUCCUGGGCCAGCUGAUCGACAUCGUGCUAAUUGCCCUGCAGGUUGUGGGUCCGGCAGAUGGAUCCGCCUACGUGAUACCCUACUACGGGGCCGGCAUUCAUAUCGUGCGUAGCGAUAAUAUGACCUACCGGCUGCCCAGGGACGACUGGUGAUGGUUAAGGCGGCACAGUGCCUGGUGUACAGUAGAUCACGUUAAGUCCUUGUUAUACCUUAAGUACGGCUUAUGACACUAACGAUAAGCAACGACUGCGGAACUCCGAUUCGGAUCGAGACUCUGAUUAGUGCAUUACGUACCCUAGUUGAUAAGUGUAAAGAUUGUUGCCACCCUCCUUUGCGUAGCCUAAGUUGCAUUGUUUAGUCUUAGUUACCACUGUACAUGGUCCCUCAUACAACUCUACAACUGUGUAAUUGUAUAGGCCGCAUAGACAAAUUGUUUGCCAAUAUAACUAACGAUUUUAAUCAGA